GGAAUAGCACCAGGAAAAGGCCAGCCUCUUCUCAGUAUAAUCGUCUCAGUUCAGACCCUGCCUGAGCACUCGGUCCUGAUGGUCCCUGCGCAUGGGACCAGGGCACACUAAGCAUACUGGCCACAGGAUACAGAGUGCUUGCUGUUGGGGGCACUCACCUCUGCAGGAUACUGUCAGUGCUGGGCAGCUGGCACUGAACUCUGAGUAAUCAAUGCUCUCUGCUGGACAGGGGACACAGCACUGCAAGAGGGAGGAGGGGCUGGCAAUGGAUGGGAGGUGCUUGACUCUGCAUAGGUUUUUGAAAAGGGACAGGGAGCACCAAGCACAGCAGCAGAGAGUUAACAUUGGGCAGGGAGUCCUGGGCACUGUGUAGGGCAGUGGUUCUCAAGCAGGGCACCACAACACCCUGGAAUGCCUUGAAACCCUUUCAAAGGGUGCCAUGGUGUUAGCAUUGUUAAGCGUGCAAACAACAUGCACAAGAUAAACCCAGAGAUUUCAAAUAGGAAUUUAUAGUGUUAAAAACAUUCUGACCAGUUGGUGUCUUCCUGCAACUGAAACUUAUUUACACAGAAGAAUUGCUCUAUUAUUUUUCUGUAGUCAAACUGAGUGAAAAUUAAGUCCAGGCAUUUUCUGAGGGGUUCUUUGAGUCUAAAAAGGUUGAGAAUCACUGUGUAGGGCAGGGGUAGUCAACCUGCAGCAGGGGUGCCACAAGUGGCAGGCAGCAGAUUGGGUAGAAGCAAAAAGAAUCAGAUCACACAGGAAGCAGAAAACAGGCAGGGAGCACAGGGCAGGAAACAAAAAGCACAGCAGCAUCUUGGAUAGGAAGCACAGGGCAGAGAGCAGAAAGCUGAGUGCCAGAUCAGCUAAGGGAAAGCAAUUAGUGGCGCUCAGGAGGGUGCUGGGCAAAAAGGUUAGCGUUUGCUGGUGUAAGGGAUGCUUUACAAUGGGCAGGGGGAACUAAGUACUGCAGGGAGUGUUCCACAUGAGGGGCCACUCAUGUCCCAGCUGCCGGAGGCAAUGGGAAAGAUCCUGUGGAAACCAAGCUGGCUUUCUGGUGCUUCACAGCUCAGGCCCGUUCCAGGUGCGCCUAGCUGGGGGCCCCAGCCAGUGUGCUGGCCGCGUGGAGCUGAACUACAAGGGACGAUGGGGCUCGGUAUGUGAUGAUGACUGGGACAUGCUGGAUGCCACUGUGGUGUGCAGGCAGCUGGGCUGUGGCACUGCGCUCUCUGCACCGCUAGGGGCCUGGUUUGGGGAGGGCACUGGUCCCAUCUGGCUCAACGAGGUGCGAUGCCAGGGAACGGAGCGGCAUCUGCAGCACUGCCAGCACCGUGGCUGGCGCCAGCAUAUCUGUACCCACGAGGAGGAUGCGAGUGCUGUCUGCUCAGCUCAUCGCUUCCUGCCUGUAACAACUGCAGUCCCCUCCUCUGGUCCAGCCCACCAGGACCACCACCCAGCUAGGACCAGGGCCCUUCCACAGCCAACCACAAGCCCACAUGGUGGCGUGGCCCUGCGGUUGGUGGAGGGUCCUCACCGGUGUGCAGGGAGGCUAGAGGUGCUGCAUCAAGGCCAGUGGGGCACAGUGUGUGACGAUGACUGGGGCCUGAAGGACGGUGCUGUGGUUUGUCGGGAGCUGGGCUGUGGUGUGGUGCAGGCCACUCCCGGAGGCUCUCAUUUUGGCUCUGGGAUCGGCCCCAUCUGGCUGGAUGAUGUGGGUUGCAGUGGAAAGGAGUCAUUGCUGAGACAGUGCCAGGCACAGCCCUGGGGCCAAAGCAACUGCAACCACAGCGAAGAUGCAGGAGUCAUCUGCACAGGUGGCGCUGUGCUGAGGCUGGUGGGUGGCAGGGGCCACUGUGCCGGGAGACUGGAAGUCUACCAUGAGGGUGUCUGGGGCACAGUGUGUGAUGACAUGUGGGCGCUGCCUGGGGCUGCAGUGGUUUGCCGGGAGCUGGGAUGUGGGGACCCGCUAUCUGCUCCCGGUGGUGCCUUCUUCGGUGAGGGCCAUGGCCCCAUCUGGCUGGACAACGUGCGGUGCCAGGGGAACGAGUCUGCACUCAGUCAGUGUCUAUCAGCCCCAUGGGGGGUACAUGACUGCCAGCACGGAGAGGAUGCUGCUGUGGUGUGCACAGGUGAGCUGGCCCAUAUGGGGAAACAUCCUGCCAUGCCUGCAGCCACACAGCCACAAAUGAAACAGUCAUGGUCCCCGCCCACUGCAGCGCCACGGGUGAAGACACGGGCAAAAGCACGAACCAAGGGAGCCCCACGGACAGGACUGGCCAGGCCAGUCCACUUGCGGCUGUUGGGGGGCCCAGGGCCCUGUGCUGGACGGGUGGAGGUGCUACACACUGGCCGCUGGGGAACAGUGUGUGAUGACAGCUGGGACCUAGCUGAUGCAACAGUGGUGUGCCGGGAGUUGGGCUGUGGGGCUGCACUGUGGAGUCCUGGGGGUGCACGCUAUGGGCCAGGCUCCGGUCCCAUCUGGCUGGAUGAGGUGAACUGCACUGGGCGGGAGCCAGUACUGCGACGCUGCCAUGCUGAUCCCUGGGGCCAGCAUAACUGCAACCACCAUGAGGAUGCAAGCGUAAUCUGUGCAGGAAAGGGGAACCUGUUGUUGCUAGAGCCAACCCGCACCCAAGAUGCCAGGGACCUGACUGGUACCAUGCAGCGACCCUGGCCCUUGAUAAAACCAGACCUGGUGGGUACCACACAAAACACUCGGACACUGAGAAAACCGGAUCUGGCUGGUACCAUGCAGAGACUCCGUCCUUCAAGAAAACCAGACCCACAUGAAACCACGCAGAGCACACAGACAUUGAGAGAAACGGGCCUGGCUGGUACAACACAGAGCACCCAGAGAUUGAAAGAUCAGGGCUCAACUAGUACCACCUGGAGCACCCAGACAUCAAGAGAACUGGACCUAGCUGGUCCCACACAGAGCACUCAGUCUUCAAGAGACCUGGACCUCUCUAGAUCUGGUCACAUGGACAGUGGAUCAGAUAUCCAGACAUCAAAAGAACCAGACCCAGCUGUUACUAUGUGGAGUACCACCCAGACACUGAGAAAACUGGGCCUGGCUGUCACCACACAGAGCACCCAGACUUUGAGAGAACCAGACCUAGCUGGUACGACGCAGAACAUCCAGACAUCAAGAGAACGGGGCCUGGCUGGUACCACACACCGUGCAUGGACAUCAAAAGAACCAGACCCAGCUGAUACCACGCCAAGUACCAAAACAUCAAGAGAAGUGCAACUGGCUGUUAUCACGCAGCGGCUCCGUCCCUCAAAAGAACCAGACCUGGCUGGUACCAAAUGGAGUCUCUGGACCUUGAGAGAGCCAGACCAGGCCAGUACCACGUGGAGCCCCCAGACCAUGAGAGAACUAGACCCAAAAGGUUCUUCACAGAGACCCUGGUCCUCAGGAGAACCAGAGGAAGCGGAUACCAUGAGGAGUAUCUGGUCCUCAAGAGAACUGGACCUGGCCAGUACUACAAGGAGCCUCCACACCUUGCAAGAUUCAGAUCUGGCAGGUGCCACACCCUUAGGGGAAAUCACUCUAGCUGGUACCAGGUGGAGCCCCCAGCCCUCCAGAGAACUGGAUGAAACGGGUACCACAAAGAGACCCCAGGCCUCAGCAGAACCAGAACCACAUGCUGCAGAGCCCACAGGGCAGACUGUGACACAGGAUGACCUCACGGGGAUGGGCCAUAGGGUCAGCCCUGGUCCCAUGCAGCACAGAGUCUCAGGUAUACCAGCCUCCAUUCUGCUGACCCAGCAGCCGUAUCCUGAGCCAUCCUCAGAGAGACAAGCAGACACCAUUCUACAGCACACUCCUGCUGCCGACCCCACACCCUGGACACACUCUGAACCUGGUGGCCGUGCCUUGAGGACUGCAGCCUCCCUAGUCCAUCCUUCUCGCCAGACCCAUAGGGCUCAGAUGGACCCAGAGUCUCUCACCUCCCAGGUUCCCAAGAAGACUCACAGCACCUGGAUGGGCCUAAAGUCCAGAGCCCCUUACACUCCCUCUGUGCAGCCUGUGGGUGACACCUACCACUACCAGACUGUUCUGGCCUCUUUCAGUCCCAGGCCCUCCAGUGAGACCCAUGGUGCCUGGACAGACUCAGCCCCCACUCAUGCCCAGUCCCCAAGUGAGACCCAUACCACACAGAUAGACCCAACCUCUGGCCCUACCCCAGCCCCCAGCAAGAUAUACAGCACACAGACAGACCUGCUUCCCAUGCAACAUCGCAACAAGAUCCAGCACACUGAGACAGACCUGGCACCCAACCACAGUCAGACCCAUUGCACCGGGUCAGACCCAGCUCCCAGCCUUAGCCAGAUUCAUGCCACCCAACCUGGUCCAGCCUCCAGCCAACCCCCCAUCCACACCCAAGGCACCCAGCCAGGCCCAGCCCCCACCCCUGCACAGCCCCCGACCUCCACCCAUGGCACCCAGCCAGGCCCAGCCUCAGCUGUCAGCCAGUCCCUCAGACAGGCUCCCGGUGCCCAGACAGGCCAAGCCCUCCCUCACACCCAGCUCCCCAACCAGAUCCACACCAUCCAUUUAGAUGCUGCCAGCCCAGCUGAUGCCCAAACAAGCACUGCUGAGAUGUACACAACAUAUCUACUUCCAGAGCCUCUGCACACAAAGCCAGAUCCUACCCCUGUCCCAAGUCAGACGGAGGAGCCCAAACUGGAUAGAUCAACUUCUGGGCAGAAGAUAAGUGGCCCUGGUAUGGCUGAACCUGAGGAAGCACCUACGAUGCCAGGCCAGAGGCCAGGGGAGACUGAGGGCAGUGAGUGGCUGGGGUGCUCCCAGGCUGGGACAGUGAGGACCUGUGAGUCUCCACAGUUGCAGGAGCUGAUUCAGGAGGUGCGAGAGCUGCGCUGGGAGCUGCGUGCCCUCGCACAGGGCCACCAGCAGGGGCGACACCAUCUGGGUGCCAUCGCAGGGGGUCUGGCUGAGCUGGCAGGGUGGAUGCAGCAGCUGGUGGGGAGUAUCCGUAGUCUUGUGCCCCCAACACCACCAUGCCCUCAGAAUCUGUGUCCAACAGCACCAUCCUGAAGGCAUGGCCAACACCUGAAAUCCCCUGCCCUGCCCCAACCCCAUCAAAAGGUAAAGACUCUUACCCCUCCCCACCAAGGGGGAAGGAUCCUCCCUACUCUGUCCUUCCCCUACUGAGAGGGAGAGGUCCACUUGUACUGCCUCAUUGCAGGAAGAGGGAUAGAUCUACUGCACUGCCACACUAAGAAACAGGACCCUCUACACAGACCCUCCCCUCCUGUCCCCUCAUAGAUGGAGCCUUCCCCCACCUCCCUGUUCAAAACCAGUCUGCAGUACAGUCCUGCCAGUCCCAAGCAGCAGGCCCCUCUGGACAGAAAUGUUGUCCCAUGGCCUCAGGUGGCACCAACUGGUCAGCACAGAUGUAGCCUUCUGGGAGCCUUCUCCAGUAAAGAGGAAGUAUGUGGAACUGCACAGUCAGUCUCUUUGUUUCCAUGUUUCUUUGUCUAGGAAAGGUGCGUACUUAUUUGAGACCCCCAGCCCUACACAGUCCCUUGGAGUACCCUCUGAAGCUGUCCCAGGAGUAGUUUCUAAAGUCCCUGGUUCCUUGGACUCCAAGACCUAAUGUUUUGGUCACUAUCUCACUUAGUUAUACACAGUUCCUUCAGAGAGAUACCUCCUGGCUUAGCUCCUGAAUAAGGACUUUACCUCUCAAGAGACUAAAUUGCAACCGAAGUCGCAUGCAGUGAAGUAGGCAGCACUUAAAUAAAAUAUGUUGGUCAGAAAAGAAAGAGCAAGGAAGCUGUGGUGGGCAAGAGUUAGCUCUUAACAGAACCAAGGGUGAGCUCUUAACAGAAGAUUUGAAUAAGGUGGAGCUGCUGAACAGCUACUUUGCCUCAGUUUUCACCAAAAAAAAAUUGCAACCAGAUGGCAAGCAAAAAGUACAUAGACAGUAAGGGAGAAGGCUGAGGGUCAUGAGAAUGAAAGAGACCAUUAGUCAGCCAGCCCUGAUGAACUUCAUCCCAGGGUACUGAAUGAACUAUAAGAAGGGGUCUCAGAACUAUUGGAAAUAAUAUUUAUGAAGUUUUGGGAGAUGAGCAAGGUCCAGUGGACUGGAAAAAGGCCAACAUGGUGCCCCUCUAAAAAAGGCAAAAAAGAGGGCCCAGGUAAUUAUAAACUAGUUAGCCUCACUUCAAAGCCUAGGAAGUUAUUGGAGCAAAUUAUAAAGAAGUCCAUUUGCAAAUAUGUGGAGAUUGAAAGGGUGAUCACAAAUCGUCAGCAUGGAUUUCUUAAGAACAAAUCAUGCCAGACUAACUUGAUCUGCUUCUUAGGCAAAGUAGCUAGUUGAGUGGAUGAAGGGAAUAAAGUGUACUUGAAUUUCUAUAAGACUUUUGACAAAGCCCCACAUGACCUUCUUAUAAGCAAAUUGGACUGGAUAAAAUUACUAUAAGGUGGGUACAUGAGAGGCAAAAAUUCUUGUGUGCAAUAUCUUUUAUUGGACUGACUGUAUGGUUGGUAUAGACAUAGGGAAGAUUUCAGGUAUCACAGUACCCUUCCUCAGGCCCUUCCAAGGUUGGUAAUUCUUUGCUCAAUUACUGCAAGCAAAGGAUAUUUAUAAAAAGCUCAAUGUCAGGAUGGGAGGAGAUUUCAAGUUGGGUUCCACAGGGGUCUGUUCUGGGCCUGGUACUAUUCAAUGUGUUUAUUAAUGAUUUGGAUGCUGGA